CAGGCUACGAGAGGCUGACCUGGAUCCCCAGCUAAGAAACAGACAGCUCAUAUCAAAACACAAUCAAAUUGUCGCCGGAAAGGAGAAAAUAUACCAUCAACCCAAACCUUUGCCACAUCUAAACAGCUGGUAUUAAAAAGAGCGCUCAAGGAGUAAUAGGCGAGAAGCUGGACUGCAAUUUAAACGCCUAACUAGCUGGCUAGCUACUUCUCACAUCUCGUAGAGGUUAGCUAGCUAGCUAGCUAGCUAGCUAGCCAGCCAGCUAGCUAGCUAUCAGGCUACUGUCAGUUCAGCCUGCAUUAGGAAAAUAACUGCAUAGCAGCAACCAUUGUGUGAGGUUCAUCUAACUAGGCCUGGAACUAUCGUCCAUUGACUGAGAAAGCAACACUGAAAGCUUGAGGUCCCGGGCUGCAGUACCGGAGGCGGACACGAGGAGGCGCUGUGUUGCAGGAGCUGCGGCAGUCUUUGCGGAGAGAGCGCGACCCGCUCCCCAGGGAAUGCGUCAUGACCUCUGUGGUGCUUGUUGAUGGCGGAGGAUCGGUGGUGGAGUACGUCACUGCUGUGGAGGAUCCGCCACAGGAGGAGGGGCAGGGGGAGGAGGAGUACCCGGCGGUGAUCGUGGAGCCCGUGCCCAGCGCCCGCGUGGAGCAGUGCUUCGCCGCCCAGGUGCUGGUGUACGACGACGAGACCUACCUGAUGCAGGACGUGGCGGAGGAGCAGGAGGUGGAGACGGAGGUGGUGGAGACAGUGGAGGCCUCGGUCCAUGGCAGCAGCAUCCACUGCUCGGACAAGACGAUCGAGGCGGCCGAGGCCCUGCUCCACAUGGACUCUCCCACCAGCCUGAGGGGUGACCGCAGCCCAGUGGAGGUGUUCGUCCCACCCGGCGUGACCACGCCCGAGUUCAUCCACGCCGCCAUGCGGCCGGACGUGAUCACGGAGACGGUGGUGGAGGUGUCGACGGAGGAGAGCGAGCCCAUGGAGGUGUGCCGGGUCCUGGAGGCCCCCGAGAGCGAGCCGGCCAAGAGGAAGAAAGCGGGACGGAAGCCCAAGACGCAUCAGUCGGCGGUGUCCAACGGCUCCCCUGAUCUGGGCAUAAAGAAGAAACCCAGGGAAGGCAAGGGUAACACCACGUACCUGUGGGAGUUCCUGCUGGACCUUCUCCAGGACAAGAACACCUGUCCCAGGUACAUCAAGUGGACGCAGCGAGAGAAGGGUAUCUUCAAGCUGGUGGACUCCAAGGCUGUGUCUAAGCUGUGGGGCAAGCACAAGAACAAGCCAGACAUGAACUAUGAGACCAUGGGCCGAGCGCUAAGAUAUUAUUACCAAAGAGGUAUCCUGGCCAAGGUGGAGGGGCAGCGCCUGGUCUACCAGUUCAAAGAGAUGCCCAAGAACAUCGUGGUGAUCGACGAGGAGAAGGCGGAGCCGGGCGCCGAGGAGCUCCUGAGCGCCGAGAAGACGUACGAGCGCGUGCCCCCCUCCUCCGAGACCCUGCUGACCGCGCCCGAGCUGGCCAAGGGCCCCGGGAUCCUGCGGGGCGCCGGCGGCCGCGCCCUCGUCCACCCGGUCCCCGCCAAGGGCAAGAACGCCCAGUCGGCGGCGGGCGUCCCGCGGGUGGUGACCAUCACCAGCGCGGCGUCGCAGGACGGCUCGCAGCCUCUGCAACAGCAGUCCCACGCCACCAUCAUCCCCACGGCGGCCGGGCCCAGGACGGUGCGGGUGGCCAUGCAGGUGCCGGUCGUCAUGACGACGUCGCUGGGCCAGAAGAUCUCCACGGUGGCGGUGCAGUCGGGCAGCUCGCCCCUCCUCACCAACACGAGCCCCGUGGCCACGGGCGGCACCGUGCCCAAGGUGCUCAUCCAGACCAUCCCCACGGUGGUGCCGGCCACGGCGGAGAACGGCGACAAGAUCACCGUGCAGCUGGCCAAGAUCAUCACCAUCCCCGCCGCCCAGCUGGCGCAGUGCCAGCUGCAGGCCAAGCCCGGGGCGGCCGGCGGCUCCGGCAUCAGCCUGGUGGGGGCGCCGCUGGCCGUGCGGGCGCUGGCCCCCGUGUCGGUGGCGCCGGGCGCCCAGGUGGUGAGGCUGGCGGUGCCGGCGCAGCAGCCGCAGCAGAGCGCGCAGACGGCCGGACACGCCACGGCGCGCGUCGUCAUCCAGCGGCCCGACGCCAAGCAGGACGGCGCCGCCCCCGCCCCCGCCGCAGCCAAAGCGCAGCCCGAGCAGGACGUUAAAGCCCCAGAGGCCCUCAGAUCAGAGACCGUCACCGUGGUGGUGAAAACCGAGUCGGAGUGCUGAGGGCAGGGCACCGGGACGUGGGGCGGGAAGUGACACUUUUACCCCACCUUCCAAUCAGAGACUGCAUUGCUCCCCAGCCCCGCAGAGCGCGGCCAAUCGGGAGGCACCUCACGUGCCCCCUUGUGGCCGGGUCCUCCCUUUUCUAUUAUGUUACAGUGAGAGCGAUGACAGAGACCGAGCGAGACUCGACGAGACCUGUGUUUCAGUACGUCCGUCCCACGCCGUCACGCGAGACUUUGAACCACAUUUUCACACAGGAGCCUGGCAAAAGCUCGAUAAAACCUACCGACAUGGCAGUCAGCCUGAAAAACGGAAUGGAAAAAGGGACCAAGACAAAUCACUACAGUUUUACGGACACUAAGAGUACAGAACACUAAAACUAAUUACUGACACCAAACUGAUCUCAAGGGGUUGGGGGGCGGGGAGAAGGUUUGUAACACUUUGUAUAAAAUGAUUUUUGCAUUUUCAAUGCAAACCAGCAAUUUGUUAGACUAUCACUGUGUGCACAUAGUAUCCAGUUUUUUGGUGCUAGAAUGAGAGCUUCAAAGAAGGCUCUGUAGAAGGAAGGAGCAGUCUUCUGACAGCUUUAACAAGAGUAGACAAAGGGACGUUGUGUAUAUAUUUAUAUAUAUAUACUAUACAGUUUAUGAGAUUUCAACAAAUCAGCCUUAGCUUAAUCUUUCUCUUUUUUAAAAAUAUGCUAAUGAAUUAGCUUUUUGUGUAAAGCUCUUUUUGAUACCUUGUACCAAGCACAGUGUUAUUAAAAAAAAUAACAAGGCAACCCGUUUUUGUAUUAUAGUUUGGAGAUCUCCUUGGGAUCUGAGUUUCAGCAGACCUUUGCUGUAAUUUGCCUGCAUUUCAUUGCCUCAAUGUAGCCAUUUCUGUUUCUCCCAUCAGUCCUGUGGGUUUCCAGAGGUCACUCUCAGCAUGAAUUCUAGCAGCUGUUGUAGCUCUGCACUCUUUCAUAUUCUCCUCGUUUUCCUUUCUUUUUUUUUUUCUUUUUAGUUUCCGAGAGGGAGAGCCGUUUGUGUUCGGACUGAACUAGUUUGUAUAUUCAACAUUUGAAGUAUAUUCUAUUUUGUUGUACUCUUGGUUCAAAGUGUAUUCAAGUAGAUUUUACUGAAAUAUAAAAGACAUGAAACAGCCUUGUUGCGGUUUUUGUGCUGGAUUGUGAGUGAGGAACGUUUUGCCCAACUUGCCCCUCGGUCCCUGGAAGUCACACCUGUGCAGGUGUGGGACAUGUGCUUCGGAUCUGUCCGCGGUUGACCGCUGGGAGUACCCAAAGCCUGCAUGUGAAGAUGCUGG